UAAAAAUAACUCAAUGUUGCCUGCUUGCCUCAAACCCUUUCCCUCCCUUCCCUCACUUCACUACUCACCGCCUCCUUCUCCCUCACGAGAAUCAUCACGACUCACUCACAGUCACUGCUCACUCCUUCUCCCUCACGCAGCACGGCAGCAGUAGCCCGGUAGCAGUCAUCAGCAUCACUCAUCACUCGAAUUUUCACAGUGACACUCGACAGCCGGCCACCGCAUACUCCUCCCCUCUCCUCACUGGCGGAUUUGAGGGUACAUCCUUAUGUUGCAACAGGGAACAAGAACUCCAAAUUUGGCAUCAGAAAUAUGAAAUUACAAUGGUUUAUAGAAGCUGUAAAAGCACAUCCUAAUGAGCUGAAGUUGGUUGGAGCUCAUUGCCAUCUUGGGUCGACAAUUACCAAGUUGAUAAGGUGCUACUAAUAUGGAAAUCAGGAUUGCUCUUGAGCUUGCUAAUGUAGCAAACUUUGUCAACAUGCUGCCGAAGGUUAAGCUUGCUAAUCGCCAUUGGUUCUGGUGUCAUUCGCGAGGUAUGGUACAUACUGAGAAUAAAGCUAUGGAGAAGAAUUGUACUUUUAAAGAAAUAUCUGACAAGUUGAAUAAUUAUUUAUUUGGCAAUGUAUGAAAUGGCUUUUGUGGAGAGCAUACCCGAAUCAUAUGAUCCACGAGGUUAUCACUAAGAUUUCUAAAGUGUUUACGAAAGACACGGAAGCCCCACCUGCAGGAGUUGAUGACAUGACAUGAAUCGUAUUUACAUGAACCUGGGGUUUUACAAAACCUGGCUACAAGAAGUGAAUUAAAUAAAAUAUAUGCAAGUCUAUGGAUUCUGCAGACACUCCUCGUUUCAAAAGGUUUCUUAAAGCCUUCUUAAAUAAAGAUAAUUUUAAUGGUGCUCUACAGCUUGUCGUAAAGCACAUUGUUCGAUGCAUGGAAGAAAAUGGUGAGGCGACUAAGGGAACAAGUCUUGUUAAUUUCCUGAAUACUGUUGCCUCUGAUUUUCCAAAGUUGAACCUACCCUCAAAUCUGUUGCAUAGACUAGAGUGUUUGGUUAACAUCCUGCUUUCAAAUGGCAUGGUAGUAGAUGCCCUAAAGCUCACUAGUGCACCGUAUCCGUUUUCGUUAUGCGUUCCUGUCUUGGAGCUCAAGCUGAGAAUAUUUUUUCAUGAACAAAAUAUGGAGGAGAUUUGGAAGAUUUUUCGGGCUUGGGAAGUCCACAACAUGUAUGCAUAUGCAGAAACUACUUUUAUUUUGGGGAUGAGCUUUAUGAAUUUAGAAGAUGAAGGAUAUCUGGAGAAAUCUAUUGACUAUUUUAGCAAAGGGAUUUCUAUGGCUAAAAGUCAUGAACAACAAUCUUUGUUAGAAAAAUUGGAACAUCAGCUAUGUGAGGCAGAAAAAAAGAAGAAGGGUGAAACACUGCCUGCACCAAAGGAAGCUAAACCUGUACAGAUUGCAACAGUUACAUCGCAAGAAGCAGCACUUAAAAUUCAGCAAGCUUUCGAGGAAGCAAAUAGACAUGAAAAAGAACUCUUGGAUGAAGAGGCCAGCAUCGCGGCGGAGGUGAGAAAAAGGGAGAAGAAACGAGAAAAGAAACGAGAAAAGAAACAAGAAAAGAGUAAAGGGAUACAAAUUGCAGAAGGGUCAAAGAAAGCUGUGGAGACAAAAGAUGAGGGGGGUAGAAGGGGAAGCAUAUCUUUGGUCGAGGAAAGACGACCUCGGAACUUUGAGAUUACUCUUUUUGUUACUAUGGAGUUAGAUGAAGAUUCUUUUAUGGGGUCUACAAGGACUAACACCACUGAAGUCCAAAAAUCAUUUAUUGCAGCUCACCAAGCACAGAUAAACAACUUUCAAGAUCUUGUUCGUCUAUGUCUCAGGCAUGAGACUCUGUUGAAAGUUGACCAAAGUUUUAAGAUGAUGGAUGAAGAUAGUUGUUUUCUUGUGACAAGUGAGGAUGUAUGCACCCUUUAUUGCUUUUUUAAGCGUAAAAUUAGCAAAAUUUCUCCUAAUUCAAAUGAAGUUUGGUGGGAUGCUAUAAAAGAUUUAUUUUGGAAAGUAUUCAGAGACGUGAUUUGGGGGCUGAUGUAUUUGUUCGACAAAGACAAAUCCUGCGGGAAUUUAGUUUUCAAUUCUUUUGUCAAUUCUGAAGGAGAAGGCAGAAUUCUGCCAUGUAUGGCAGCGGGGAAACAAAAAGAGGACUUAAAAGAUUUGGUAGAUUUAAUGUGGAGUGUCAUCAAACUUGCUUUUCUCAGACAAAGUGAUAUGUCUUUUCUUCCAUGUCAUUUGAAAUAUUUUUUUGACAAUGUCACACAAUUUCAUGGGUCCUGUCCAUUGGAGUUUGUUAUUAAUCAACCGUAUUUUUGGAAUACGACGGAAAAAAUCAGUUUUACUUUCAAAUUGAGAGAGUUAGUUGAAGAGAAACGUAAUCCUAUUUUAUUUUUCCUUGAUCAACGUCAAUUAUACCAAAAUUGGUGGCAGAAGCUUCAACAUAUACAGAAUACUUUUUAACAAUGCGAUGAAGCGCAAUAGGAAUAUCAAAGGUUACCGGAAAUCUGUUGAUAUUGUCCGAUUUUAUGGAGCAGUCUAUACUCAUAUAAAUGAGUUGGAGUACAAAAAAGAUCGAAAUAACAAGAGAAUUAGUGAUGAAAAGAUCGAGUCAGAUUUGGCAGGUUUUUUUCCAGAUUUUUAUGUAGACAUGUUUUCGGUCUUGUGCUUGUGCAACCAGAAUAGUAUGGGCAUAACCAAUGACUGUAUGAGGGGUUUAUCCACGGUUCAUUCUUUCAGUGAGUUUUUAAAUAUAGUCACUAUCAGCAAAAGCCUAUUUUGCCUCUCCCACCUUUCUUUUUCUGUCUGUCUCUUGCAGGAGGGAAGUAAAAAGAUCAGGACUCUGCCAUGAGGAGUAAUUCUUGUACUCCCAAGGUUAUUUGAAUUGAUAGUUGAUGAUAAGAGGAUGGAUUGUUAGCAAGUGCGGGUAUAGCUAUAGUUUAAUGCACAAUUAUUUAUGUGUUUUUCACCGGUUUUAUUCUUUGAUUAAUAUUAGUUCUAAAUUUUCUAUGAUUGAAAGUAGAACAGUGUCGGACAUCUAAUGUAUUUGAUGAAGCUGUCUUUAAUUAAAAAUUUCGAGCUAAAUAUGUUUGUCAUUUGCAAUAAUUUAGCAUGAAGAUUGUUGUUUACAAAUGUAAGCAGUGUAUGAAAAGUAUUAGUAUUAGUAUUUUCUUUGAUUGUUUUUAAAAAUUUCGAGCUAAAUAUGUUUGUCAUUUUUGCAUUGGGCGCGUUGGGCAGUUAUAUUUGUAAUUUGCAACAAAGCUGUAGUUUAUGUUUGCAUACACUCCUUCUGUAAGAGGAGAGAUAGUGGAGUCUAUGAUUAUUAAAGAAUCUGGAAAAUUAAGUCCUUAUCUUGGAUUUCCAUUGCUUGAUGCCUUGAUGGUAGACCUACCAAAUCUAAAGUGCUGUUCAUUGUUGAUAAGGUUACACAGAAGCUGGGUUGGAAAGCUGCUUGUCUUUCUAAGGCCGGUAGACUUACUCUUCUCAAGUCUAUUUUAAACACCAUUCCCAACUAUUUCAUGCAGCUACUGUAGCUAUUGUGGCAUCCUGCUUCUUCCAAAAAAGAGAUUAAUAGAUUAAUGGCUGACUUUUUGUGGGGGAAGAAUGAGGAAAAACAGAGAAGCACUUAGUUGGAAGAGAUUAGUACCCCCACUACUAGAAGAGGUUUGGGUGUGAGAUGUUUGGAUUCAUGGAAAGAGGGGACAAGUUGGCAGCUAAAUUCCUGAGAGAUAAAUAUUUGAAAUCUGAUUGGUCUUUCAAGGCCUUUUCACAUGGCUCACAUAUUUGGAGAGGUAUAGGUAGAAUGUGGGAGAGCUACCUGUUGGCUCUUAAGGUUUUGAUGAUGACUUCACUUUUAGAUAAACAAACAUAUUUUAGAGAUGGUUUUGUAGGUGAAUAUCCGAUUCUGUUAAUCGUUGAUGAAGCCUAUGACUUGGUUCGUGGAAGUUGUACAUGUCUCAAAUAUCCAAGAAGUUGGACAAUUGCUUUAGAAGUCAGUUUACUGUUCCUAAAGUUAAAGUCCUGACGAAAAUUGUAGAUGGAGACAGUGCGCUGUUUCCCACGAUACAGGUCUGGAGAAGACAUUGACUGGAAGUUACGAAAAUUACGUUUUCUAUUUUUGGUUAAUGUAAAAGGUUAAAAGUUUAAUUAGUUGCUUAAUUAAAUUAAUGUCACUAGGUUUAUUAGGUUCGUCAUGGAACCUAGGGAGAACAUUCAAGAGAUGUUCACUAGGUUCACAAAUAUCACGAACGAAUUAGUCUCUUUUGGUAAGAUCAUUCCCGUUGAUGAACAAGUCAGGAAAGUACUUAGGAGUCUUCCUCAAGACGAACGCUGGAGAGCUAAGGUCACAGCCAUUCAGGAAUCGAAAGAUUUCACCAAGUUUAAUUUGGAAGAGUUGGCUGGUUCCCUCAUGACUCACGAAUUGUAUUUGGGAACAGCCGAUAGUUCUCGAAACAAAGGACUAGCUCUGGCAGCAGAUGAUAGUGAAGAAUCAGAAGCUGGUGAAGAGGAAGCUGCUAUGUUGGCACGUAAAUUCAAAAAAUUCUUCAGGAACAGCUGAUAUAGAAACCAAAGAAAUAAUAAGGAAAGAGGAACUGCUAACUUGAAGACAAAUUUUGAAUGCCACAAAUGUCAAGGAUUGCCCUCAAUGGAAGAAUGAGAAGGGCAAAGGGAAGACAAGGGAAGCUAGAAGAAUGCCAAAGAAGGGAAACUUCAAAACAAAUUUUCGUAAAGCACUGAUCGCAGCUUGGGGUGACACUGAAAGCGAAGUUGAAACUGAAGUUCCUGUAGAGGAAGAAACUGCAAAUCUGUGUCUCUUGGCAUCUCAUGAAGAAACUAAAGAAAGAGAGGUAAUGUCUUCUAGUUCUUCUCCUAAACAUCUAUUCAGUUUAAGUAAGGAUAAAUUAAUUAAGUUAUUUUUGGAAACACAAGAGUUGGAAGAAAAAACAGCUAAGUGUCUCCAAUUAGAGAAAGACUUUAAGUUGAAUAAAUAUCAUAUUUCAUAUCUAAUUACCUUUAGGAUUGAUGUGCAAAGUAGAUUUUUUGAUUUGUUAGAUCAGAAUAUCAUGUUAAAAGAGCAAUUGGAGAAAAUAAAGCAGGAAUUCAUCACUCUUAAUAAUUAAAUGAAUCUAAACAAAUUGCUAGGAUUAAAAUGGCAUGAAAAUGAUAAAUCUACUCAUUUGUUUAGCACGAAAUUUCAGGAAAUGAAAUUAAAAUUAGAAUCAUGUGAAAGAGAAAAUAAGCAUCUAAAAGAUCAACUUAAUUUAAAAGGAAAAGGGAAAAUCAAUGAAGUUCUCAAAUGGAUUCUAAAUGCUAAACCGAAAGGUAAAGAAGGUCUAGGUUACGUUAAAAAUGAUAAAAAGAAAAAGGUCUAUGUUGAUCUCCCUAGUAGUAAAAUCUGUUCCUUUUGUGUUUGUCAUAGUUGAUGACUAUAGUAGAUUUACCUAGACUAUAUUUUUAGUAAGCAAAGAUGAAGGUUUUGAUGAGUUUGUUUCUUUUGCUAACAAAACUCAAAAAUCUACCAACAAUCUAAUUGUUCACAUAAGAUCAGAUCAUGACAAAGAAUUUGAAAAUUCAAACUUUAUGAAUUAUUGCAAUGAACAUGGUAUAAAUCACAAUUUUUCCGCUCCUAGAACACCACAACAAAAUGGAGUGGUAGAAAGGAAAAAUAGAACCCUAGAAGAAAUGGCUAGAACUAUGUUGAUUGCUAGUGGUCUACCUAGAAAUUUUUGGGCCGAAGCCGUUAAUACUGCAUGCUAUAUUUUGAAUCGUGUGUUAAUAAGACCAAUCACUUCUAAGACACCCUAUGAAUUGAUCAAAGGUGUCAAACCCAAUAUUUCCUAUUUUAGUGUGUUUGGAUGCAAAUGUUUUGUUCAUGUGAAUGGAAAACGAAAUAUAGGUAAAUUUGAUGAAAGAAGUGAUGAAGCAGUGUUUCUUGGUUAUUCAUCACAUAGCAAAGCUUACAGAGUUUACAAUAAGAGAACAAUGUGCGUAGAGAAAUCUUUGUCUCCUUUUUAUCUUUUGCUUUUUACGUUUAAACUUUAUUUUGUUUGUUAAAAUUCCGCAAAUUAGAAGAAAAACAAAGUAAAGUUAGAUACACAACAAUUCACCCCCCCUCUUGUUGCAUUCAACCAUCUUCGUGUAUUUCAACACUACCUUUCAACAAUCUGCUGGAAAGUAGGUAAAAUGACAAACAAUCUUAGCUCGAAAUUAUUGCAAAUGACAAACAUAUUUAGCUCGAAAUUUUUAACAACAAUCAAAGAAAAUACUAAUACUAAUACUUUUGAUACACUGCUUACAUUUGUUAACAACAAUCUUCAUGCUAAAUUAUUGCAAAUGACAAACAUAUUUAGCUCGAAAUUUUUGAUUAAAGACAGCUUCAUCAAAUACAUUAGAUGUCCGACACUGUUCUACUUUCAAUCAAAGAAAAUUUAGAACUAAUAUUAAUCAAAGAAUAAAACCGGUGAAAAACACAUAAAUAAUUGUGCAUUAAACUAUAGCUAUACCCGCACUUGCUAACAAUCCAUCCUCUUAUUAUCAACUAUCAAUUCAAAUAACCUUAGGAGUACAAGAAUUACUCCUCACGGCAGAGUCCUGAUCUUUUUACUUCCUUCCUGCAAGAGACAGACGGAAAAAGAAAGGUGGGAGAGGCAAAAUAGGCUUUUGUUGAUAGUGACUAUAUUUAAAAACUCACUGAAAGAAUGAACCGUGGAUAAACCCCUCAUACUGUCAUUGGUUAUGCCCCUAACACAAGAUGUAAAAAGUACAAAUUAGAAUCAGUCAACUGUGGAACUUUUUAAACAAAAUCAAGUUGUCACUUACAUACUAUUCUGGUUGCACAAGCACAAGACCGAAAACAUGUCUACAUAAAAAUCUGGAAAAAAACCUGCCAAAUCUGAGUCGAUCUUUUCAUCACUAAUUCUCUACCAAAAAAAAAAAAAAUGUCAUAGAUGAAAGGUAAAGGCAUUGGGAUGUAUAGCAAAUUAAAACAAAAGUUCAAACCUUGUUAUUUCGAUCUUUUUUGUACUCCAACUCAUUUAUAUGAGUAUAGACUGCUCCAUAAAAUCGGAUAAUAUCAACAGAUUUCCGGUAACCUUUGAUAGUCCUCUUGCGCUUCAUCGCAUUGUUAAAAAGUAUUCUGUAUACAUGUUGAAGCUUCUGCCACCAAUUUUGGUAUAAUUGACGUUGAUCAAGGAAAAAUAAAAUAGGAUUACGUUUCUCUUUAACCAACUCUCUCAAUUUGAAGGUAAAACUGAUUUUUUCCGUCGUAUUCCAAAAAUACGGUUGAUUAAUAACAAACUCCAAUGGACAAGACCUGUGGAAAAAAAGAGUACAUUAUAAAGAGAUACAAAUCUUAAACCAAAAUGCAGAAAAAAGACUGACAAACUACAAGGAUUUUAAGCUUCUAGAUGCAUAAAAACUUACCCAUGAAAUUGUGUGACAUUGUCAAAAAAAUGUUUCAAAUGACAUGGAAGAAAAGACAUAUCACUUUGUCUGGGAACAGCAAGUUUGAUGACACUCCACAUUAAAUCUACCAAAUCUUUUAAGUUCUCUUUUUGUUUCCCCGCUGCCAUACAUGGCAGAAUUCUGCCUUCUCCUUCAGAAUUGACAAAAGAAUUGAAAACUAAAUUCCCGCAGGAUUUGUCUUUGUCGAACAAAUACAUCAGCCCCCAAAUCACGUCUCUAGUUUUUAAAAAACAAAAGAAAAUAAGGUUAAGCUGUAAAACACCAAUAACAAAUAGAAUAUCCCAAAAAGCAAUUUAAUACAAUAUUACUUAAUACCUGAAUACUUUCCUUAAUAAAUCUUUUAUAGCAUC